AGCGUACUUGGUUCCCAUAGCAGCCACUCAAUUUCAAAAUGGCGACCAACACAAACCAACUCCUGCUUUACUAUCCGUAAAAUAAUCCAGAUUUUAACCUCUGUUUACCAUCAACCAGCUCAAUAAUUAGAGAAAAUGGACAACAAUAUAAGAAAUUUGAUCUAUACAUCUUCUGAAGAUAACAAAGACAACAAUUUGAGCGAAGCUUACUCAAAAUUGAAAAAAGAGCGACAGGCCGUGGGUGAUACUGCCGACACAGUUUCACCUGAUUUGUUUGUGCUAUGUGCAGAGGCCGCGUACAAGCUUGGGAAGUUAGAUGUGAUGGAAGAUUGUAUUCAGAUGUUCUUUUUGAAACCUGUUCCAUCAAACCAGUUUCUGUGUAGAGCAUACUUCUGCCAAGCCCAACUUCAUGCUCCAUCAUCAUCUGAGAGUCCUGAACAUUUUGACAAGUCUGUUGAAUUCCUCCUUAAGGCAAUUAACUUUGCAAAAAAGAAUCCCAGGUACUAUUUCCUUGUGUACAAUGCGUCUGUCCUGUACUGGCAGUUCUGCCGGCCAUUUCUAAGGCCAAAUUACCGGAAAUACCUGGCCAAGAGUCUUCACCAGGUUGUCAAGGCAUUGGAUGACAUUGACGAUAAGGACUAUGACUGGCGUGCUCAAUUGAUGAUAGCUCUGAUUGAGUGUCAUGUCGAUGCUGGGCGCAAAGAGGAUGCCACACUAGUCAGUAAUGCCACCUUGCAGUUCACUAAAAGUAAUGUUCCCAGCCUUUACACCACUGUCCUAGGAUUGCAGAUUCGCUACAGACUUAUUGAUAUAUCAAAGGUUUCCAAAGAAACAAAGUCUUCCAAUGAGUUGUAUGUCUUUUACAAGAUACAGCGACUAAGAACACUCAUUGAGACAGAGGAUAAAUUAGAUGUUGAGCAGGAACUUGGGAAACUUCUCAAACUGAUCAUAAAAGGACCAUCAGCUGAAACAGAUCGUUCUAGUACCGCAACGUCAAGUGCAACAACAACCAGCAAGUCCAGUUCACCUGCGGUCCUUCCCACAACCGACAGGGUUCCAUUGUUAGUAGACUUGGCAAGGCUCUGCCUGGAAAAUGACCGCCAUGAAUUGGCAGCAGAAUGUCUAGACAGUUUACGAGGUCCAAUUAAGGAUCUUGGGAUGUCAUUAGAGGUUGAGUUUAUGAAGUGCGAGCUCAUGGUUAAAUCUCUGGGAAAUAAAAAAGAAAACUACAGUAAAAAUGUUGUUGAGGUUCGUAUUAAAGCCAUCCAGAAGCAUGAGCAGUUCUUGAUCACUGCUAUAAGACGUGGAAUUCCAAACAUUAUCCAGGCUGGCUGUGUGACGAUGUGGAACCUCUGUCUGCCCCUCCUUCAGCCAAACCUGAGGCAUCACGUGCGCAAACAGUUGACACUGAUGGCACAGGCUCUCGAGGAUAUAGACAGUUUGCUUGUGGUCCUGCGUUGUCAGUGCCACAUGGAGCUUGCCAAGUGCGAGGAAGACGAGGGUCAGUUGGAGUACGCCCUUACCCACCUCCAAAAGGCUCUCAGUCUGGAUGACUCAGGACAGUACAGAGACAGACUUAAGACUUCUUUGACUCGCCUGCAGCUCAGAGCUACACUGUACAGGACCCCUGACAGACCCGAGGACCUCGCGGCCAUGAUCAUUGAACAGGCACGAGCAAGUGACGAUGCCAGUACAGUGCGUAUGAAGCGUGCGUCCCUCGUCAAAGCAGGCGAGGCUCUCUCCCCAGACGCCUUCAUUCACGUGAUGGAUAGUGAGAAUGACACGAAGGAUCCAUCAGGAGCUAAAGGACCGCCCACUCCCCUCGGCAAGCUUGCAGGGAUGGCGACACAGUACCAGAAGGCAGUCAGUAAGGCGGCGGGCCAUCUCAAGCGACUUGGUGACGAGAAUGAUCAGGAGAGGGCUCGUAUCUGGGCGGACCUGGCCAAGACAGCACGCAAACAACACGUGUGGGACGUGACGCGUGUGGCCGCGCGCUUCUGCCUCCUCUACGACAACGGGCGCUGGUCGAAACGCGGCUCAAGUGGGCGAGGUGCGCGUACUCUCCCCGACAACAGUGAGGAGGGUGCCCCCCCGAACCCAGGCACCAAGUCCCCUGGACCACCCAAGCAAUCCGGGGGGGAUGGUAAACUAGACCCUACAGGGAUGAAGCUGUUAGAGCCUGAAGGCAUAAGCACGUUUAGGGUGGAGCAAGACUUGAUGAGGACUUUGGCUGACGUUCAUUUUAUAUACGCUGAGGCCCUAGUUCAAUUCCUGCGGACUCAAAAUGUACAGUUGGGUGAUAAGCCUAUCCCUCCCGAAGACACCGUCAAGCUGCGGCCUAAGCGCUACGAGGACCAGCAGGUCAACCUUGAGGAGCAGCCUGAGUGGGUCACAUACUGUAACUGGAUCUCGUCGUUAUCCCAGGAGGCGGUCUCCUCGUUCCAGCGCGCCGCCGAGAUUGGCGUAGAGCUGAACGAGCCCUGGUUGAUUUGUAACUCGGCGGUCUACCUGUGGAAUUACACAAAUCAUAUGCUAACACAAGGCCGGUACCGCGAGAUUGUGCAGAUAUACACGCCGGUUCUGGACGCUAUGAAGGCCACAGGGCAUGACGGAGAGACAAUCCUGCUGUGCCAGCUAUGUAAUGCCAUCUGUCAAGGUCUGAUGCAGCCAUGGGUUCCCUCCCUGGCCGUACCCACCGCCCCGGGCACACCUAGCAAGGAGAAGCCUGACAAAGCAGACAAGGGGGCCAAGGGGCGGCAGAGCGGCAAGGGGGUCAAGGGCGGGGCAUCUAAGGCUAACGUGCAGGGGGUUACUAUCGACCCCGAGGGGACCAACGAGCUCAAGCAAGCGCUAGAGGUAAUCGAGUACUCAUUGAAUGUGACCAGUGGCACCGAGCCUAAGAACCUGGUACCGGUAGGCGUGCGUCACCAUCUGAUUAAGACAUGGGUGUUUUGCAAGCAGCUGUUGAACCAACAGAUCGGCAAGAACCUCGGUCAUGACGACGAGAGCCCUCAAAGCCAAGGCCCGAUGUGCAAAUCGUUGUGUGCCCUUGAGAUGUUAUCUUUGCAAGGCAAUGGCCUCCCUGAGUUUCAACAAAGCCCAACCCUACCCGAGACUGUAAAAAUGGUGGAGUCUAGCAAGUGGAGUGAUCGGCUGGUGGAAGUGGAAGUCUGGAGCCGUCUUGCUGUGAUCGCAUUCAAUAUCGGGAACCACUCGCUGGUCAUGCAGUGUGGACAAAAAGCUGUGAGCUUCGCCGAGGGCAGUAUUGCUAAGAAACCACCCAAGAAGCCAGACAGCGUGUUCAAGCACAAAGUUGUGGUAGAGCAAGAAAUGCUGUAUUACGCGAGUGCCGUGAUGGGACAAAGCCUUGUAAGGAAUAUGCAGGGAAGGAAUGAAGUUCGGAGGGAUGCGCUCAUCUGCUUCGUCAACGCGUGCAGAUUUGGCCAGAAAGCGGGUAACUACGAGCUCGUGAUAACAGCCGCGCGUCACUACUGGAACGCCAUUCAGCCUUUCAUCGGGGAGCCGAUAGAGCGAGAACUGCUAAAGGACCCAAUAGAAGCAGUGCUCGAGUGCAUAGCUGCUGUUGCAGGGAAAGAACAAGAGAAGGAUGACGAGGAGGAGGAAGAGGAGAGCGAGGCGCCGGCCGAGAAGAAGCCAAACAAAGGGAAAGCAAGCAGUGCAAAGGGUGCCAAGGACAAGAAAGGGAAAGACAAACCUGGUGACAAGAAGAAAGACAAAGACAAAGGCAAAGAAAAAGGUGAUAAAGGCAAAGGUGGUAAGACCCUUGAAAGAGGAGAUAGCAAGGCUGGAGCCAAGGAGCAAGUUGAGGAGAAGCCUGCAGUCCCGAGCGCGUAUGACGAGGAGCUAAUGAUGCGCGCAGCCAUGUAUGGGGUCCUUUUCCAGGCCUACGCAGACAAGUGUGACUGGGAGCAAGGACUGCGUGCUAUGGACCAGGCAAUCAAAGACAUGCCUCGGACACACCACAGGCUGCUGAUAUUCAAGCACCGGGUUAUCACAAAGGCUAAGCUUGGGCGGAACGUCUUGUUUGAUAUGGGCAAGUUCAAGAACGCGAACGAAGAUGUCAUUUCGUCAAUGUGGCGGCACGUGGCGCUCAACUCUGCUGAUCCCAUGGACCAGCUGUCUGCCUAUCAGAACGCCAUUGAAGUGUUAGAGAGCCCAGAGAGUGACUGGCAGAAAGUUGACUACUUGUUGGAGUUCGGCGAGUGGCUUUUCAUCAAUGAGUAUCCUGUUGCUGACGCACUAGACCAGUUCCUGUGGGCAGCGGAUAUUUUAGUAGCCAAGACUGCUGUCAACUCCGGAUCUUCAUCAAAUCACGGGUUUGAGGUAGACGUUGACGAACUGUCUGAGAACGGCAUAGACGCCGCCAAGUACGUACCAAAAACGUGCCAGUCAGUCAUCGGUCAGCGGCCCUCUGAUCUGCGCGUGCGCACCGAGGAAAUGUGUGACGUCAGGCAGCUUGAAUCUCUGUGUCGAGUGCAUGUGAUGCUAGCACAAGUGGCAGGCCACUCGUCUCCACACUACACCGACUAUGUGUUGUUGGCGUAUGGCUUCUUGUACCGUAUAUGGCAGGUUUCUAUCCAGAGUGCAGAAAAGACUAUGAAAGAGGGCGGGAAGCCGGGCGAGCGGGUGCCGUCAAAACGCAGCAAGGAGAAGAAGGAUGGCAAGGAGGACGCUUUUCCUACCGUCGCUUACUUUGUCUUCCAAACCAAAGCUUGGCUCGAGAACGCAUCACAGGUUAAGGCGGGCUCGAAAACUUGUCUGCCGCUGACUAUGGAUGGAUGGUCCACAUUUGAGCUGCCCGAAAAGCUUCAAGAGUAUUUCAAGUGUGACGUCACCGGAACUAUGAUUAACAAGAAUACCUUUCAGAAGCCCAUGUUGACGGUGCACUAUCUGCAGACUCUGUUGACCGACUUGCGGGACCUUGGCCUUCACCACCUUGGGCUUCCUGUGGUGACCAUGCAGCAGCUUGUCGCAGAUAUGCUACUCGAGCACGACCAGCUGAAGAAGCUUAUUCAUCUCAGAGCGCUGGAGCUUUGCCAGGAACUGAACCUUACUUCAGGCAUGUCACACCACGAGAAGGCCGCUGGCCACCUGAUGCUGACCGAACAGCAGCAAGCCAAAUCCCGCGAGGAGAUUGAGAUGUGGAAGGAAAAGCAGCGACAGGUUCGCUUUGAGGAGGAACGCUCACGUAAUUCCAAGAGCGUCCUAUUUGAUGUGAAGUCUUCUCACAGCAAUACGCGGGGUGGCACCCAGGCAGCCACACCCGGUAACCCUGGGGGUGAGCCAUGGACCAAGUACAAGACGCUGAUUAGUGGGCCAUGCAACCGCGAGCUUUGGACUGAGCAAGCUGCAAUACUCAUCAGACAGGGACACUUUCAAGUUGCUCGGCAACUCCUGAAUGAAGCCAAUGUCUCUGCCCGGGCAUUUGACGACCACACCACGUUAUCGCACGUACUGCUCCAGUUGGCUGUGCUAGCUCUAGCGGAAUCGAACUGGGGACAGGCCACCUCACUUUUAUUGGAGGCGCAGAAACUGAAAGGCGACCAGCGAUUUUGGCUGAGCUCAACGCUGCUACUCUCAGACGCUGCUCUGUCAAAGAAGGACAAACACGCCGACACACUACGCCGGCCAGAUUCCGCAGCCAUGGAAAAGGCGCGUAGUAUACUAGUUCAAGCCAAGAUGACCUUCCAAGAUCUAUCUGAAGAUAACCCUAACAAAGCAAACAUGGCGGACUACAUCGAAGCCGUGCUGGAGGCCAGAUUGGGUAUUAUUGCUUCUGAUCACCUGAUUUCUGACGCUAAGGAACGCGAGCAGGAUCCGCAUACCCACAAAAAGCUCUACACCGCCUGUCAGUACCUUCAGCGUGCCGGCGAGUCACUGACUCAACUGGGUUAUCGCCGAGAAGCCGUGCGUGUGAUGCUUAGGCAUGCUGAUAUCAAGAGGGUGUUUGCAGACCAGACCACUGAACAAGACGAGCGCCAUAGGGCUUUUAUAGAGGCGUACAACAUACUCAAAGAAGCAACAAACAUCGCGGACGCUGUUCUCUUUGAUGCUCAGUCGACACUCACUCUUCCAGAGUUCCGUGGUGUCAGUCUUCCCGUCCAGCGAGAUGCAGUAGAUGCUCGCCUAUCUCUUGCUGACCUCAUGGUUGACAUGUUCACCCAGUUCUCACAGGAACACCGUGCAAAACGGCACCGUGAGGCCAGGAAAGGCAGCAUGCAAAAGAUGAUUGAUGACUUCGUAAGGAGUGAGUCCACUGUUCAAGAUGACCUGCAGUGGAGCGAAAUCACCAGGUCGUUAGCAGUUGAUAUCAUGAUGCAGCUCUCUGUAGCGCACGGAAUGGCUACUGGUGUUGCCAGCCUUAAAGCUAAGAAUCUACUGACCCUCGGUAGAUGCCUACGGGCGCUCGCUGCUCACACCACUCCUGACGCAGAGAACCAGUGGAAAGAGAUUGAACAGCUGGACGCACCACCACGCCGACUUUCUGAAGCUGAGGAGAAAGACGAAGGUGGGGAGGGUGAGGAGGAUAAUAAAAGCACUGAAGCAAUUGCAGAUCAGAGUGCAUCACGGGAGAUUCUCAAGUACACAAAUCAAGCACUGCGACUCAAUGAAGAGCACGUGACGUCCACGCGCUACGUAGGUCAAGCUGUGGAGUGUUUAGCGCAAGCUGUUCAAAUAGGGCUACGAAUUGGCAUGCGGGAGCUGGUUGCUAAGGCCGCAUACGAGAUUGUAGAAUGUAUUGGCAAUCACGACAUGUCUACAACUGCACAGUACCUGGCGCUCUAUCAGAGCUGCUACAUGUCACACCAGUUGGAAGAAGUCCUGUGUCGAGCUCAGGCCGACCCGGCGGUGUCGAGACAGGCAUCCCUGAUUCGUCAGAGGCGGGCUCUGAGCGCUGUAGAUUUCCUUACUGACAGCACGUCCAGUGUGUUUACGUCUAACACACAUCAUCUCGGCGACUGUGAGGCCUGGCGUCGUUUGUCGGUGAUGAGAAAUCAUCUGGAGCUGACUAAAGAGUUUUCAGUCACCAAUCUCCAGUUCGUAGUGUUACAGCACUCGCCGGACAGACGAUUCCUGUACGGCGCUGUGCUUGAUAAAGGAAGAUCAUCAGUUCCAAGUGGAAAACCCAGUAAACAGACCGGCUCCGUACCCGUUCCGGCGAAAGCACUGGUCACUCGUGCGGAAGUGAACGCGAAAGACCUGGACAGCUUGAUCGAGAUGUUUGAACACUUCAAGGCGGACACAGCGUCUGAGCUGAUGCGACAAAACUAUCUCCAGCAGCAAAGGGAACAACACCGCCAGAUGAUGGGAGGGCUGAAGGACGACGUUACCCAACAUCAGAUCUCAGAUGAUUGGAGCAUCAAUAACCGCGAGACCCAACUCCAGUCUCUUUUCCAGGAUGUGGUGGCAGCCGUAGAAGCCUAUCUCGAUCCAGUCUUGACAAAGCUUCAGCCUGCACUGAACCCCGAAACCAUCUCAGACGCCGUGGUGCUUCUUGCGGAUGACCAGCUUUUACGACUCCCUCUUGAAGCAUUGACAACAUUCAUGAUCCCUCGAGUCACCUCGCUUUCACGGGACUUCUCGCUGCAGUUUCUGUACCACAGGCUUCAUCAGAGCGAAGACGGAGAUGGCAAGGGCGAUGCCAGAAAGGGAGGAGCAAAGAAAAACGACAAAAAAUCGGACAAACCGUCGACCGCCAAGUCAAAACCUAGCGACAAAAAGGGAGGCAAGGAGCUUGGAUCCGCUAUCCCAAAGGAGGGACCUAUCGUAGAUGUCAACGGAAUACGGUAUAUUGUUGACCCGUAUAAUGAUAAUGCUGAUCAAGGUUCUCCGGAUAGUCCAGCCCGCGUAAUGACCGAGGUUAUCGCCAAAUACAAGACUUUCGCGGCCAAGUGGGCGGGUACUAUGGGCACCGAUCAUCUGCCAAGUGUGGGGGAGUUUCAGCGUCUUUUGAACGAGAGCACAGGGUUCCUCUUCUAUGGCACAGAACGUUGUCUCGGGACAUUACCGCCGCAGAUGCUUGCUCCAAUGAACAUAUCCGAUUGCCAAGUAGUUUUCCUGAUGGACAGGGCACAGACGAGCCAAAGCUUCCAAAGGCAAGGCCGCGAAGAUUCGACUAAGAGUGUGAGCGAGCUGUGCUUGGAACGUCCACUAGAGACCGCUAUGCUGUUCUCCAUGGCCGGGGCGGGGUGCGUGGUGGCCAAUGCCUGGAACUGCCAGUUUGAAGACAACAAAGAUAAAAUCAAUAAAUUCUUCUUUGUUCUUCUGGAAGAGGGUCGAACCACUGGACAAGCAGUGCGCUCCCUAAUUGAGUUCCCCAAGCCUCCAGAGCCUGAGGCGGACCUGGCAUCAGAGAAGGGUUCUAAGCAUGACCCUGGCAAGCGAGGGAGCACGCAAGUGAACAAACCAGAACCAGAAGUAGUAGCACAGCAAGAGGCAGUACAAGAUGAGCCCCCAUCCCCACCCCCCAGGCAUUGGUUUGGUACUGUAGUGUAUGGUAUUUCAACCCUGCUGUUAUUGCCAAAUAAACCAUAGAUGGUUUUCAAGAUAUCUAUCUGUGACAUGGCUAUAUUAUCUUUAACAGGGUCUGGAACUUUUUAAUCGGUUUGUUAUUAUAUUGUGUACCAAUUGUUUAAAACAACUGGUGUGAAAAAUAAAAUUGCAGUGAUGCACUUUA